GAUUUAGCAGUGGGUGUCCAGUAGGAGGCAGUAAUGCAACUAAAAAAGAAUGCCACUACCGUUUAUAAACCCAAAGAAGAAGAAGAAAAGGAAGUAGCUACCAGGCAGCUAUGCUAACCUGUUAUUGACAUCUGUUUUCAGACUGUCAAUCAUAACAAUAAUGUCUUUUAAAAGAGAAGGUGAUGACAAGAGUCAGCUAAACAUACUUCAGAAACGUCGCGUAGCAGAUCUUCUGUCUAAUUUCAUACCAGAAGAUGAAGCGGCUCUGAUGAAAAACGGAAGAUACACGUGCGUUGUGUGCUCUUACCGUCCGGUGUUUGAUACGGUCGAUACGCUGACGGUCCACAGGAACGGGAAAAGGCAUCUGGAAGGAUUAAAAGCAUUCUAUGGCAAGAAAGCACGGCUGAAGAAUGAAAGGACAAAACGGCUCCACGAAAACUACGUCCAGGCUGAAGACACGCGGCAGGAACCGUCCUGUUCAGCUCCUUUACUGGCACAAACACGGAGGCUGACGCAUCACGCUUUAUUGAAGACCGUACCAUAUAACAGCUGCCAUACAAAAACCAGCACGAAAUCUGAAAAGGAACCGCUGAGCACUGGCUCAGAAAUCAGCUGCAACUCUUCCAGCAAAACGGGAUCGGAACAAGAAAACGCAUGUCGGAAAUCUGAAGUUUCAAACAGUUUGUCACAAAAACCUUCAGCAGGCGAUGAAGGCUCGCAUCCAUCAGAAGACAUAACAGAAGCUGCGGGUGCAGGGGCACAGGAGGCGGAGCCUAUAACGGCCCAGAGGAGGAGAGAGCUGGAGCACUAUCUCAAACUGAAAAGUGACGGCUGGCUGAAGGACCGGAGUGGCCAGUGGGUGAGAGACGAGAACGUGGAGUUUGAUUCAGACGAGGAGGAGCCUGCUUCCUGCAAGUCACCGAGGAAGGACUAAGAACUGUGGGAAAACACAGCUUAUAGCACAGUGGUGCAUUCAGAGGCCACGGUGCUGUUUGAAGCAGCCACAGCGCCGUGUUCUAUUCAUCAACCUUUGUUCUCCGGUGCUGAUUCUUCAGCGCCGUGUGAUGUUGGGACUCACUUUGUUUUAAUAGAAGCCGGCUGGUCACCAGUGAUCAUCGGCUGCUGCUCUUGAUGCUUUUAUUGUGCAAGGAAACUCACAAUUUUAGGAAAAGUUAUUUUCACACAGCUUAUUUUGUACAUUAUUACAUAAGAG